AUGCCGCGAAUCGUGCGACGCAAGCCGCUUGCCGAGCGCCUUCAGGCUUGGCUCAAUCCCAUGGACUUCCUGUUGUGGCUUUCCGAGGAGAUUGAGACGCGCGACUGGAACUCGAGGAGCGUCGGGCUACAAAUUGGCAUCGCCAUGAAUCUCAUCUUCGGGAUUGCUCGCGCUAAUUCUGUGAGGAAGACAACUGUGGACGAUGUAUUCGGCGACGACAACGACUCGGGGUUCUUUACUUUUCUUGUCAGUACUUUUGUCUGGAUUCUUGCUGGCCUUUCUACCUUGAACGCCAUCUAUACAAUGAACCGAACACGAAAGUAUAGAUUUUUCGAGGCCGAUGUCGAAAAGAAGUACGAAGGCUCCUCGUCGGUGCAACGCGUAAGGGUUCAGUCCUCGCCCGCAGCCUCUUCGCCCUUGCGUUUCUUUUCGGAUCUCGUGAGCUCCGAAAGCGCCGAGACGAGGGCGCAUCCAGACCGUACAAGAGACGUUUGGGAACUUCCUGUGUGGGACCCACUGCCUGUGUCGUUAUCCAUCUUGUGCUGGUUCGGUCCUGGGCACAUAUUGGUCUCCCUGAUGUUCCUACCUGUCACUCAAUCCGAUUGGCCGAGCAUCGUGGCUUUCAAAUGGCUUGUACUCCAGGCCAUCAUCUCGAUCCAAAUGUACUUGCUUCAAUCAAAGUUCUCCCAACAGAACAAGGACACCUCUGUUAUCCAGAAGGAGGUCAUGCACGAGUAUGAUACCAAAUUUGUUCACCCGCUCUUGUAUCCCAUGGUCAGGGAUGCUUCGACACAAAUUUCUCAAGAUGAUGAUGGCAACGACCAAGAGUACGUAGCUGUUGGAACCCCUACCACGGUCCUACGUCGUGGCUUCAGGCCAAACCCAAACCCGAAUUACGCGCAACAUAUCGACCCAGACGGUUCAGCACUAUUCCGACCCAACGCGAGAAGUACAGGCAGUCCAGGACUAUUUACUCCUCCGGUUGCCAGACAUGCAGAUGCCAUGGCAUCAGGGAGCGUGGCUCGCCCGUCGGCCUUGAGGCAAAGCACUUCUGGGUUCUCCAAUUCAGUUUCUCGCACGGGUUCACCCAUGGUGAACAUGUCGACGAAUAUGACACAGACGCAAAAUCAAUCUCAGGGUACUGGGGGAUACCUAGGAGUGUAUUCUCAUCCUAGCUCACCGUUGAAGAAGGCGCCAAGUCUAGGUGACUUGCAACACCGGACGCCACGUAACAACAAUGAGAUGGCACGACUGGAGCAAUACCGCGCUUUGCAGGGCAGGGACAGUAGUCCUCUUAAGAGCGCCAGGAAAAGCACAGGUAACCUCCCGCCAUCCUUUCAGACCGGCUUAAAGGGCGGCCGAGAUCAGCCCAAGGAAAGAUAUCCUUCCAUGUGGCGGUGA